GGCGCUUCCGCCUGUCUAGCCAGGGAUAGGUCCUUCUGUCUUGCCCAUCUCCAACACUAUCUUCCCUGCACUAUGGCAGGUGGCUUCCUGCCGUACCACGAGCCUGGCAUUGUCCAAAUUCUUAUUAUCGUCUCAUUCUUUUUCUUCCUCUCAUUGGCGGAAUGGGCGUCGGCCAAAGUCUUCCGCGCUGGGGUUAUUGGGCAGAUUGCAGUCGGCAUCAUCUACGGUGUCCCACUGGCGAAUAUACUUGAAAAGGACUGGCAGCAAACCUUUUUAGCACUCGGAUAUGUUGGAUUGAUCUUAAUUAUUUUCGAAGGUGGUCUUGGCGCCCGGAUCGAUCUUCUCAAGGAGAAUUUGGUGGUGAGCACUCUUGGCGCGGCCACGGGGGUUUGCUUUCCCAUCGGGCUUUCUUAUCUCUUGCUGUACCUAGGAUACGGAUAUGGCGCGGUAGAAACAUUCAUCAUUGGAGCGGCCCUUUCCGCCACCUCUUUGGGUACCACAUUCGCCGUAAUCUCGUCGGCUUCAAAAACAGUCGACCUGGCACAAACUCGAGUAGGCUCAGUCCUAGUCAGCGCAGCAGUCAUCGACGAUGUAGUCGGCCUUGUGCUGUCAAGCAUCAUCUCCGACCUAAGCAAGCUAUCCAACAGCGACGCCAACCUUGGCUGGAUCAUCGGCCGCCCAAUCGUAGCGUCCGCCGGAAUGGCUAUCGUCACCCCUCUCGUAACCAAAUUCAUUUUCGCGCCCUUCUUCCGCAAAUGGAUCGAGUAUCACUUUGCACGCUAUGACCACAUCUCCAACAUCAUCUUGAUGACUCUCGUGCUAUGCGCUUUUAUCUCUAUAGCCGCUUACACCGGCACAUCAGUCCUCUUCGGCGCCUUCCUCGCCGGGACAUUCCUGUCUUAUUUACCGAGUAAACGGCCCGACGGACCAUUCGUGGUCAUGAGUCGUGAAGAAGGCGAGAAGAAUGAGGAUAAAAGCCCCACUUUCAUCCAUACCUUUGAGGCAUACCUUCUAGGUGUGCAGGCGUAUCUGAUGGAACCUCUGUUCUUUGCUAGUAUUGGAUUUGCUAUUCCGUUUGUGGAGUUGUGGACCGGGAAGCGGAUUUGGAGGGGUGUUUUGUUUACGCUUCUUAUGGUUGUGGCCAAGUUUGUUGUCGGAUUAUGGAUUCCGCUAUGGAAAGUGUUGCCAACGAAAACGAAGGCUGAUAAAAAGUCGAAGGAACCGCGUCCCGCUUCGGAUGUACCAGCAGAGACACCUAAGGACAAUGCGACCAUCCUGUCGGCAUUAUUACUGGGCUCUGCGAUGGUUGCGCGUGGGGAGAUCGGUCUCUUGAUUAUUGAGAUCGGGUAUAACUCUACGGCGUACGUGAGUGAGGAGGGGUUCAUUACUGGCGUGUGGGCGAUUCUGUUAAACACGAUUAUCGGGCCGGUUACGGUCGGUCUGCUGGUCAAGUAUUAUGGAAAACAGAUAGGAGAGGGUGAAUGGGGGUUGCAGAAGGGAACGAGUCCAGGUCAAGAGAAGGAGGGUGUACAUGGUGCUGUAUGACAUUUUUGGCGGUACCUGACGGAGCUAUAUUACUGCGUGGGAGCAUGUAGAGGCGGAUCGGACGGUCCAGGGUUGGUUGGUAACGUUAAAUCCCAUAGUUCUUGCAAUAUACGUCGCUUUUACCGUGGACAAGGGACGUGAAGUUAGAACACUGGGUACGGAAAGU